GCGUUUCGCCGCGAUGCGACUGCGCUCGCGAGAUUUGAUCAUUUCAAUGCCUAGCGGUUUUUGUCGUCGUUUUUUACCCGGCGGCCGGUAUUUGACAUUUUAGUCUACUGGUGCCGAUAUUUACAAACCGUCAGACAUCACAUUUCGCUUUGUUGUUUGUGUUUACUGUUUUUUAGCAGUUUUUGUGCUUCUUCCUGGGGUGGAAAUUAAAAAAAAACAAUCAAAAUGCCUGGAGAAACGACCGUUGAGGCGGAGCCCGAAAUGCAACAAAGUCAACCGAUUAUUUCCAAAAAGGCUUCACAGUCCACCGUAAUAGACAUGGAAAAUAUAAGGGCCGCAUAUGAUGACGUCAGAUCGGAUAAUUCGGAAACACAAUGGGCUGUUUUCAAGUUCGACGGGCCAAGAGUUAUCUGUUCAGCUACAGGUGCAGAUUUCGAAAAAUUCCGCGAACAAUUCGACGAAAAAGAUCGCGCUUUUGGUUACAUAAGAAUCCAGACUGGCGACGAACUGUCAAAAAGACAAAAAUUCCUUUUGGUCACCUUUAUUGGGUCUUCUGUCAGCGUGAUACAAAGGGCCAAAAUGUCCACCGAUAAGUCGCUAAUCAAGAACAUUGUUUCGAAUUUUGCUGUGGAAUUACAACUGGAAAACACAAGUGAUAUAGACCUAAACAAUUUCAAAGACGAACUGAACAAGGCUGGUGGUGCAAACUAUGGGACUGGAAUUAGAGAUAACUAAGCUUUUUAUACACUUACCUUUAUAUUUAAUACUUUAAUACUUUUUACACAUUUUGUAUGUAUGUAACUUGUAGGAUAUUGUGCAAUAUUAUUUUAAAUAAAACAAAGC